AUGCCCAUUGCCAAACCCAAGAAGAGAAAGGUUAAGAAGGAGAUCAAUGACAUGGAAGAUCCAGAUGCAGGAACAGAGCCUGCUCUUGAAAUGGAAGGCCUGGCCAGUCAUAUGGAGUCAGAAAACAGGGACACUCUGACCCCUGAGCCUCAGGACAUCCCACCACAGAGGAAGAAGAAGAAAAAGAAGACACAUACUUUUGACAUGGAAGGUGAGCAGCAAGACCUCGCGAAUGGGGACGCACGAGAGGCACAAAUAGAUGUAGAGGGAGUCCCUAGGAAAAGCAAAAGGAAGCGAAAGGCUAAGAUAACAGAGAACCAGUACACCAAUGAACUGGGCGUGGAAGAGGACGACAUCGUCACUGACGCACACACUCCUAUCUCUCAUCGCUCUCUGUUCUCUGCCCCACUGGGCCACAGCCAGCCUCUCAGCAAAGUGUUUGUGGAGAGAAGCCGACGGUUUCAGGCGAGAGAUCGUCUGGACCUGACCCGUGAGCAACUGGAAGAGUUCAUGGAAGUGAGACCCAUUUGGAACACACGGGACGUGGCCAUGAGAGUUCACAGUGGCUUCAGGAUCAUUGGGCUCUUCUCGCAUGGCUUUCUGGCAGGCUACGCUGUAUGGAAUAUUAUUGUUGUUUAUGUUCUGGCUGGAGAGCAGCUGACCACACUGCCCAACCUGCUACAGCAGUACCACAGCUUAGCUUACCCCGCCCAGUCUCUACUCUACCUACUGCUGGCUAUUAGUACUGUGUCUGCCUUUGACAGGGUGAAUCUGGCCAAGGCUUCCAUGGCUCUGCGAGGGUUUCUCACACUCGACCCAGCAGCACUCGCUUCAUUCUUGUACUUUGCAGCUCUUAUUUUAUCUCUCAGUCAGCAGAUGACCAGUGACCGCAUAAACUUGUACCCUACUGCCAACGAGACACUAUGGCCUCCGGGCUCUGAACAUCAGAUCCUGCAGCCCUGGAUUGUGGUGAAUCUGGUUGUAGCUUUACUGGUUGGACUGGCCUGGAUCUUCGUCUCCACCAGACCAGACAUGGACUACACAGAGGAAUUUUUAAUGGGAAUGGAAGUGGACGAGUAUCCACGACAUGAGGACAAAUCUGAAAUUCCCGCCUAAACCUCAGACGCUAUUGUCACAGCACCCACACAGCAUCG